GCGCGGGACGUGCGAGACUGGGCUGCCGCCAUCCGCGUGGCUGCGCUGGACUGCGCCGAGGAGAAGAACCACGAGGUGUGCCGGGCCUACGACAUCCACUUCUACCCCACCUUCCGGUACUUUAAAGCCCUCACCAAGGACUUCACGACGGGGGACAGUUUUAAAGGGGGUGACCGGGAGCUGUGGACGGUGAGGCACAGUAUGAUUGACUUCCUGCAGAACAGCUCGGAGGGAAGCCGCCCCCCUGCCUGCCCCUCUCUGGAGCCCGUCCCGCCCCAGGACGUCCUGUCCCUGCUGGACACCCACGAUGACCGCUACGUGGCUGUGAUCCUGGAAAGCAGCGACUCCUAUGUUGGACGAGAGGUGGCCCUGGAUCUGGUCCCCUACGAGGAGGUGGUGGUGAAGAGAGUGCUGAACUCGGACCCCGAGCUGCUCCGGAAGCUGGGCGUGUCCCACGUCCCUUCCUGUUACCUGCGCUACCCCAACGGGACACGCGGCGUGGUUAACGUGGGAAAGCCGCUCCGCUCCUUCUUCGCUGCCUUCCUGAAGUCGCUGCCCGGUGUGAGGAAGAGGCCGCUCUCCCCGCCGCCAGAAGAGCCUCGCGGAGAGCACACAGAGACCCUAGUCUGGAGGGAGUUUGACAGGGCCCGGCUGUACACUGCAGACCUGGAAUCGGCGCUGCACUACCUCCUGCGAGUGGAGCUGGCCGCCCACCGCUCACUGGCCGGGGAGGAGCUCCAGACACUCAGGGACUUCGUCACCCUGCUUGCCAAGCUGUUCCCUGGCCGGCCGCCCGUCUCAAAGCUCCUGGAGAUGCUGCAGGAGUGGUUGGGCAGCCUGCCUCUGGACAGGGUCCCUUACGAUGCCGUCCUUGACCUGGUCAACAACAAGAUGCGGAUUUCUGGAAUAUUCCUUACCAAUCACGUCAAGUGGGUUGGGUGUCAAGGAAGCAGACCAGAAUUGAGGGGCUACCCGUGUGGCCUCUGGAUGUUGUUCCACACCCUGACGGUUCAGGCUGGAGCUCACCCAGAAGCGCUAGCUGGCACAGGUUUCGAAGGCGCCCCCCAGGCGGUGCUGCAGACCCUGAGGGGCUACGUCCGUGUCUUCUUUGGGUGUAAGGAGUGUGGGGAGCACUUUGAGGAGAUGGCGAAGGAGUCCAUGGAUGCAGUGGAGACCCCCGACCAGGCGGUGCUCUGGCUCUGGAAGAAACACAACGUCGUCAACAGCCGCCUGGCAGGCCAUCCGAGUGAGGACCCCAGGUUCCCCAAGGCCCCAUGGCCCACCCCAGACCUCUGCCCAGCCUGCCAUGAGGAAGUCAGGGGCGUGGACAGCUGGGACGAGGGCCAGGUGCUCACCUUCCUGAAGCGACACUACAGCCGUGCCAACCUCCUGGACACAUACUCGGCAGACCCCGGGGGCCCUGGCGAGGAGGGCAAGAGAGGGCACCCCGGGAGUCUCGGCCCACCUGGCGCACUGGGUCCCCACUCCGUUCUGUUGGGGAACCUGGCCAGCAGACUGGACACCCAGGCCCACGUGGCGCCCGCUGUCACGGUGGCCUUCCUCGGGGCGGGCUUCUCCAGCCUGGACAUGAGCCUGUGCGUGCUGCUCUACGUGGCCUCCUCCCUCUUCCUCAUGCUCAUGUACUUCUUCUUCCGCAUGCGCUCCAGGCACUGGAAGGUCAGGCACUGCCCGCCCGCCGUGUAGGCAGGGCCCCACCCCACAGCUGUGCCCAGCCACCCUCGGGCUUUCUGCCCCGGAUAGCCCCUCCCUGGGGUAUCGGGCACCUUCUGGGGCAGAGGCAUGUCCGAGAGACCCACAGGGCACUUUCUGGGGCAGAGGCCCAUCUGAGAUGCUCCUCUGCCUGGAGGUCAGGCUACGUUGCCUCCUCCCCAGAGGUGCCUUGGCCCCUCUUGCCUUUACAACUCUUCUGGGCUCUGUCCUCACGAAGCCCUGUGCUUCUGCGUGGGCACCAGGCUGACACAGCUGCCACCCUGCUCUGAGGGACGUCCCCCCUAACCGCCUGAGGGGACACCUUGGGGAGCUGCUGUGGUGCCCCCCCACCCAUGGUGAACGGAGAUGGGAGGGAGGUGAGGGACCUCCUCCAUGAUUGUAGCCAAACUGUAAUCAGGUCUCAGGGCCUGAUCUGAGCAGCGCCUUAAUAUUGGAACAAGACGGUGUGUAAAACCCCCAAAAACAUCGGGCGGCACUUGCAUCUGAGCAAACUGCCACUGGCCAGAGUCACACUGGCAUGCCUGUGCCGGCUCCUCCUCUCACCAGCUGGUGUCAGGUUCUCCACUGUGUGGGACGCAAUCACCUGGGGAGACAGCGAAGGACAAGCCCCGCCCAGGCUGCCUCAGGUGUUCUCCCCCUCUUCUGGGGAGGGGUCAGCGGAGGAACCCCAGAGCUCUGGAAGCCAUGCCUCCGUGGGCCACCAGGAGCCCCCACGCCCUGCUCUGUUUCUUCCUUGGAUACCUUGUUCAGCGCCUGGAAGCCGAAGCCGCUGCGUUUGGCAAACCCCUGCUUGCCUUCUGAGUUAGGAGGGUGCUGGGUCACUGUGACCGCCAGCCCUCGGGCAAAUGAGCUGGGGUUUGGACCGUUCUGGGGGGCCUUGACUAGGGCACUUGUGUCUUGUGGAGAGCUGCAAUGUGAAGUCGCCCUUUGGGGCAGGGCUUUGUGAGCCCCUGGGGGCCGGGGGGCCAGACCCCCAGAGGAAGGGAACCAAGUGAGUUCUUUUGGCUGCACGGCACCCACUCAGCUGGAUCCGGAGCCAGAACACACAGGGGCUCUGGGGGGAGCACCUGGCUUUUGGCCUGGACCCCACCUUGAACAGGUUAAGGUAUAUUUUCUAAAUUUCUAAGUAUUGUAAGAGGUAUGGAAGCUGAUGAAUAUAAUAGUUCUGUAAUUUAAAUGUCUAUUUAUUUUUCAUGGGAAGAUUUAAUUCAAAGGCGUGAAAAUGUCACUGCAGUUUUGGACCUGUGAGGAAGCGAACCUUUUGUAUUUAAAUGGACAUGAUGAUGUGCACAUUUUUGAAAUAAAUCUGACAUUUGAAGAGA